GGCGGGCGCUCUGCGAGCUCCGGGGACCAGAUUAAAGGAAUUACCUGAAGACAAAACAUUCUAUUCUUCAGAGACUGGACAAGAGCUACUCUUGCUUUUGGCAAUUAAAAAUGAUGUUGUCAUGGAAACAGUUGAUCCUGCUUUUGUUCAUUGGCUGCCUAGGAGGUGAGCUUCUCUUACAAGGACCUGUGUUUCUCAAAGAGCCCAGCAACAGCAUUUUCCCUGUUGGUUCAGAGGAUAAAAAAAUCACGUUAAAUUGUGAAGCCAGAGGCAACCCUUCACCUCACUACAGAUGGCAGCUGAAUGGAAGUAAUAUCGAUAUGAGCAUGGAACAUCGUUACAAGUUGAAUGGUGGAAAUCUUGUGGUUUUUAACCCCAACAGAAAUUGGGAUACCGGAAGUUACCAGUGUUUUGCAACAAAUUCACUUGGAACAGUUGUCAGCAGAGAAGCCAAACUCCAGUUUGCCUAUCUUGAAAAUUUUAAAACCAAAAUGAGAAGUACAGUGUCCGUGCGUGAAGGCCAGGGAGUCGUCCUGCUUUGUGGGCCUCCGCCACACUCGGGUGAAUUAUCCUAUGCUUGGAUCUUCAAUGAAUAUCCAUCGUUUGUUGAAGAAGAUAGUCGGAGAUUUGUCUCUCAAGAGACAGGGCACCUCUACAUAGCAAAGGUGGAGCCGUCUGAUGUGGGAAAUUACACGUGUGUGGUUACAAGUAUGGUGACAAACGCCAGAGUCCUAGGCUCUCCAACUCCUUUGAUGCUGCGUUCUGAUGGUGUGAUGGGUGAAUAUGAACCCAAAAUAGAAGUCCAGUUUCCAGAAACUCUGCCAGCAGCUAAAGGUGCAACUGUGAAAUUGGAGUGUUUUGCCCUUGGAAACCCUGUGCCUCAGAUUAAUUGGAGAAGAAGUGAUGGGAUGCCAUUUCCAGCCAAAAUCAAGUUGAGGAAGUUCAGUGGGGUGCUGGAGAUCCCCGCUUUCCAGCAGGAGGACGCUGGGUCCUAUGAAUGCAUUGCUGAGAAUUCCCGAGGAAAGAAUGUAGCCAGAGGGCGUCUCACUUACUAUGCAAAGCCUCAUUGGGUUCAAUUCAUAAAAGAUAUGGAAAUGGCUGUGGAGGACAGUCUUUACUGGGAAUGUCGAGCAAGUGGGAAACCCAAACCCUCCUACCGAUGGCUAAAAAAUGGAGAAGCCCUGGUGUUAGAGGAGAGAAUACAGAUAGAGAAUGGUGCUCUUACAAUAUCAAACCUAAAUGUGACCGAUUCUGGCAUGUUCCAGUGCAUAGCAGAAAACAAACAUGGUCUCAUCUAUUCCAGUGCUGAGCUGAAGGUUGUUGCCUCUGCUCCCGAUUUUUCAAAGAACCCAAUGAGAAACCUGGUCCGGGUGCAGGUGGGCAGCCUGGUGAGCCUGGACUGCAAACCCAGAGCUUCCCCCAGGGCGCUGUCCUCCUGGAAGAAAGGAGACACAGCAGUGCAGGAGCAUGAAAGAAUUUCUUUUCUGAAAGAUGGAGGACUGAAAAUAGCCAAUGUGACUAAAGCUGACUCCGGAACUUACACCUGCACAGCAGAAAACCAGUUUGGCAAAGCCAAUGGCACAACACUCCUGGUGGUUACAGAACCUACGAGAAUAACUUUGGCCCCUUCUAAUAUGGAUGUCUCGGUGGGCGAAAGUGUCAUUCUGCCCUGCCAGGUGCAACAUGACCCUUUGUUAGACAUUAUAUUUACCUGGUAUUUCAAUGGGGCCCUCACAGAUUUUAAGAAAGAUGGAUCUCACUUUGAGAAAGUUGGUGGGAGUUCAUCUGGUGAUUUAAUGAUCAGAAACAUUCAACUGAAACACAGUGGAAAGUAUGUCUGUAUGGUCCAAACUGGGGUAGAUAGCGUUUCCUCUGCUGCUGAACUUAUAGUGAGAGGUUCACCUGGGCCACCAGAAAAUGUGAAAGUUGAUGAAAUUACAGACACAACAGCCCAAUUGUCUUGGAAAGAAGGAAUUGACAACCACAGCCCAGUUACAUCAUAUGCCAUCCAGGCUAGAACACCUUUCUCUGUGGGCUGGCAAACUGUCACAACAGUGCCUGAGGUCAUCGAUGGGAAAACAUACACAGCUACUGUGGUCGAGUUAAAUCCUUGGGUGGAAUAUGAAUUUCGAGUUGUAGCCAGUAACAAGAUUGGAGGUGGAGAACCCAGUUUACCCUCAGAAAAAGUAAGAACUGAAGAGGCAGUUCCAGAAGUGCCCCCUUCUGAAGUCAAUGGAGGAGGUGGAAGCCGGUCUGAACUGGUGAUAACCUGGGAUCCAGUCCCUGAAGAACUACAGAAUGGUGAAGGUUUUGGGUAUGUGGUUGCCUUCCGCCCUCUUGGGGUUACCACCUGGAUCCAGACAGUGGUGACUUCUCCUGAUACUCCAAGAUAUGUCUUUAGGAAUGAAAGCAUCGUGCCAUUUUCACCAUAUGAAGUUAAAGUGGGUGUUUAUAAUAACAAAGGUGAAGGACCAUUUAGCUCAGUGACAACAGUGUUCUCUGCAGAAGAAGAGCCUACAGUUGCCCCAUCGCAGGUAUCUGCCCAUAGCCUGAAUUCCUCAGAAAUUGAAGUUGCAUGGAACACUAUUCCGUGGAAGUUGAGCAAUGGACAUUUACUUGGCUAUGAGGUACGGUACUGGAACAAUGGAGGAGAGGAGGAGUCAUCAAGCAAGGUGAAAGUGGCAGGAAAUGAGACAUCAGCCAGACUCAGGGGCCUGAAGAGCAACCUGGCCUAUUACACCGCUGUUCGGGCUUACAACAGCGCCGGAGCUGGUCCCUUCAGUGCCACGGUUAAUGCAACCACCAAGAAAAUGCCUCCCAGCCAGCCUCCGGGAAACGUUGUCUGGAACGCGACGGACACUAAGGUGUUACUUAACUGGGAACAAGUGAGAGCAAUGGAGAAUGAAUCCGAAGUCACAGGAUAUAAGGUUUUCUAUAGGACUAGCAGUCAAAACACUGUACAAGUGUUGAGUACAAAUAGAACUUCAGCAGAACUUUUGCUGCCUCUGAAGGAAGACUACAUUAUUGAAGUCAAGGCCACGACAGACGGAGGGGAUGGCACCAGUAGCGAACAGAUCAGGAUUCCGAGAAUUACCAAUAUGGAUGCAAGAGGAUCCACUUCACCCAUCUCGAAUGUCCACCCUCUGUCAAGUUACAUACCCAUGAUACUGUUCUUUAUUGUAAAUGCCCUGUGGUGAUGUUUAUUCUUUUUUUUUAUUAUUUGCUGGAAUUGGUUACCAAAAAAGUGCUUUCAUGAAAUAGUGAUUGUGCAUGUUUUUUUUCAACUCUGUUUCUAACUUUCUACUUCGUUAUAGGUAAUAUAUGAAUAAAAUAAAAAACAGUUAAUCCUUUUAGAGGAAUCUGAAAUGCCUUAAUAUUUACUUGAUAAGCCAAAGGAAUUUGCAUAUUACAUACUGCAGACUUUUGAUAUAAAUGUUCUUAAACUAUGAGUUUAUGACAAAGACACACAUGCCACAUAGCCACACACACACACUUGUUUUAACAUUGAAAUGCUCUUCAUUUAAUCCAAAUGCUCCUUUCCCAGUAUCAUAACAUUAUUUACAAGACUUAAGAUAAUUUUAAAAUGGUGAUUUAAAUCCCCAAGGGUAAAAAGAUACAUUUAAACAAUUAUCCUGUUAGAAGGGGAGGGCAUGUGUUGCUGGAAAAUGCUUUUUUGGGAGCGUAGGAGGGUAUGGUUUCGCUAGUGUGGUACUAAAUUAUUGUGAGAAUUUAGAUAUCCCUUUGCUAUCUGUACCUCUCAGUCAUUCAUCCAGAAAGUGCAGUGAUAAUAAUACACAUCUGAUCUGCCUGUGCCCCAUGAAUUAGUUGUUAAAAGUUAAAGAAGGAAAUGUGAAAGUGCUUGGUCACUCCAGAUGCCAUGUCCCUGUGCAAAGUGUUGCAUGGAUUUCCUUAAGCAUAUAAGAUCGGUGAAGACCAGCUCCAUCCCACAUUCCAAACAGUCCUCUCUGCUUCAUUCGUUAAUGGAGAACUGAAGUGAACAUGUUUUGUCCUUUUUCAUAUUUUACAACAUAAUUUUAAAAAGACUUAUUUUCUUCACACCUAAGAAUAAGCUUUCAGGCUUUAAUAAAACCCAGUUGAGAAAAUGAGGAGUGAUCUAAAUCUCAACCCAAAUAUUAAAAAAAAUUCACACAGUUCUUUAUUUCUGAUUUUUUUAUUCCAUUAAAGGAUCUUCUCUUCUUUGGAUGGUGGAGAUGGCUUUUUUAAUGAAAUCCUACUGUCUGUCUCGCGACUCAGGCAAGCUUUUAAGUGUCUGAGUUAAACUUGUCAUAGAACAUGAUGAUGAUGCUGACUUUUAUAUGUAUGAUUCAGUCUUUCAAUAUGUCGUUUUCAGAGGAUGAUUGAAGACUUACUAGCAAUAAGUAAAGAGUAUACAAAAAUUGGCAGAUAGAGUGUUAGACAUUCACAAUCAAUUUUUUUACCUCUUUCCUACCAAUUUCACAUUUCCCAGGAACUUGUUUAUGUUUUCAAAGCUAGCCAAACUUGAAACCAACAGUUCAACUCUAAGGAAAGAUUAAAAAUUAGCAAAAGUUUGAUGUCUCCAUAAAGUACCACUUUUACAUUUAGAGAUUCUGUUCAAGAUAAAGUCAUGAUAUUCA